CAUCUGAAACUUUCUCUUUUUACUCUUUUAAAUAAGGAAUUAAAAAAAAAAUUUUUUUUUACCAUCAUGAACCUUUUUUAGCAUUCAUAAGAAUAAGAAUAUCAUCCUUCACGCUGGUACGAGUAACACGAUUUUAGAAAGUGUAAAUAUUAUGUCCGCCUCAACGCUUUUCAAUGCAAGUAAAUCCGAACCUUCUUUAACCUUAAUAAAAUCAAUGCGCAUCAUAAUUAUCUACUCGAUGAUAACCUUUUUCACCUUAAUUCAAUGCAUGCCCUGUACUACCCAACUUUUAAGUGAGCCAAAGUUUCUACCACAAUACGGUGAGAAUUAUUCCAACCAAACCGACUCGGAUUUGCCAAAAAAAUUUAGACUGCACAGAUACCACACCGUCAAGAAGAUUCACAAAUGGCUCUACGAUUGCAGUCGUAACUUUUCUAAUCAUACUAACCUCGUGAAUUUAGGGCACACCUAUGAAAAGAGACCCGUAUUAUUGAUUCAAUUAAGCAAAAAUUUGACCAAAACAGAUAUUCCGGUGAUUUGGAUACAAGCCGGCACUCACGCCAGGGAGUGGAUAUCCAUUUCUACAGCGCUCUGUUUGAUAUCUAAGAUACUUAAAGUACUCUCUCGGCACAAUGAUUACGACCACAAAAACGACGUAUUUCGAACCCACCGGUUAGUAUCGAGCUAUCGAUUCACUUUUAUACCUCUAAUCAACCCAGACGGUUAUGAAUACUCUAGAAAAGUAAGCCGAUUAUGGCGGAAGAAUAGAUUCCGGCAUAAAAAUUGCACUGGGGUUGAUUUGAACCGCAAUUGGGGCUAUCUAGGAAACGAAUCUUCGUUUUCGAUGCUCGAUGAGGAUGUACGUCAACAGAAACGCAAUAUCAAUUCCAAUCACAAGUGCUCAAUCCUAUACUCCGGUCCUUACCCGUUUUCCGAAUUCGAAACGAGUCUGAUAGCUAACUAUGCCAGAAAAUUGCCUAACAUCAAGGCCGCUUUAGAACUCCACAACCCGGGUCAGAUGAUUAUUUAUCCCUGGGGUUGGACCAAGCAACCUACCCCAGACAAUGAUUUACAGGAAUUUGCAGCCCGAAAAAUGGCCGAAACUAUUUACAACACCACAGGGGAACACUAUGUAUAUGGGCAGAUAUCGCAACUCUUGUAUAAGGCCCCUGGGAACUCCAUCGAUUGGUUUUAUGGAGCUCUGGGCAUUAAGUAUUCCUACGGCAUAGAACUACGGGACAAAGGGAAAGAAGGGUUCUUGGUUUCUUCCAAUAAGGUCAGGCCUACUUGUAAAGAAAUCUUCAAGGCCCUCUUAGCUUUGCUAGAUAUAAUAUCUAAGAGAGAUAGGGUUAUUCCUCUUUAAUUCUUUGAUUCCAUUAUUUUACUACAUUUAUCUGUUCGAUCAUUGAAAGUUUCUAUUUAUUUGAUGAUUAUUUAUUUCUUUUUACAUUCAUCGGAAGAUAUUUUCGUUAAAUAGUUAUUGAUAUUUACCAUUAUUAUUAUUUCAAAUGUUAUAUGUUUGCAAAUCGCCAAUGUCGCAAAUUUUUGCUUGUUAAAACUUAAUAUGGCAAACUUCUUUGUACAAACAAUUCUAAA